AUGCCAAACUUGAAUCAAAAGCAAAUAGAAGAGUAUUUAGCUCUAAUAAAUGAUGGAGAGAGGUCGGAAGAUGAUCUUGAGGAGUCGGAUACAGAAGGUCAUGAGAAUUUUUGUGAAAAUCGAGACGAUUUGCUUCACGAUCUUGAGAGUCAAUUAGAAGAGGAAAAUGAUGACCCCGAUAAUGAUCCAUUCAUGGCAGGAGACCCGCCAUUGAUAAAUGAAGCUACAGCAAAUGAUCAAGUGCCACAGGUUCCAUUCCCCUCAACAAGUCAAGCUAGUCGCCGAGCAACUAUGAGAGGACUCGUAUGGAAGGUAAAAAAUUUUGUUUUGAAUUCUGACCAGACAGCUUUUCAUGGAGACACUACAUAUCCACCAGAACUGAAGGAUGAGGCUACUACUGGUACUCCCUAUAGUAUUUUUUCACAUUUUAUUACAUCAGAAAUAGUUCAAAGGAUUGUGGAAGAGUCUAAUUUGUAUUCCGUUCAAAAAAAUGUGACUAAACCAUUAAAUUUGUCUGAAACUGAGCUAAGAAAGUUUAUGGCGAUACUGAUAUACAUGUCUGUUAUAAAAUAUCCCAAUGUACGGCUAUACUGGUCAAAUACUGUAGGUUUUCAACCAAUCAAGGACAUAAUGACUGUCAACAGAUUUGAGACUAUUCGUAGAUUUCUACAUUUCAACAAUAACGAGAAACAUUUACCCAAGGAACACCCACAACAUGAUAGGCUCCAUAAGAUAAGGCCUAUAAUUAGCCAUCUAAAUGAAAAAUUUGCUUUAGUUCCUAUGGAACAAAGACUCUCAAUUGAUGAACAGAUGUGUGCCACGAAAGUGGCACACUUCAUGAAGCAGUAUUUACCUAAUAAGCCCCAUAAGUGGGGGUUUAAAUUAUAUGUGAUGUGCAGCGUGAAAGGUUAUGCUCAUAAAUUUGAAAUGUAUACUGGCCAAGAGAAUGAACGGCUUCCAGAUGAACCAGAUUUUGGGCCAGUGGGAAAUGUUGUAGUCCGGCUUGCUAGAGGUGUCCCAAGGCAUAUAAAUCAUAUAAUUUAUUUUGAUAAUUUUUACACCUCUGUACCUUUAGUUACCUAUCUUGCCAAACAAGGAAUCUAUAGCCUAGGUACUGUCCAAUCUAACAGGCUAGUGAACUGCAAACUGCCGGACAAAAAAACAAUGAUGAAGUAA